GUCGCGGCAACGGCAGGAACAGGAGCAGGAGCAGGACCAGUGUCACCGCCGCGGUUCAUUGUCUGCGCUCGUUCAUUGUGUCGUCGACCGUCGCCGCAGCGGUACCCACAUCAUCACAAUCACCGUCGUCGUCGUCAUUUGGCUCGACUAUGGACCCAGCGACGGUCGCGUUACUAUUGUUGUCGUUGUCGGCGCUCGCCACUGCCGCCACUGGAAAACCUCCGGACGGCCGCGGCGCGUUCGGUUACCCGGACGACGAGCACGUGAUCAUCACUCAGUACGGACCGAUGCGGUACGAACCGGUCACCGCGGACCAGAUGAACAGACCGUACGACGACGGCACCGGGAAAACCGCGUCGUCCGGGCGCGGCUAUUACAAGGCCGAGGUGAUACCGUUGGACAUGAAAACCUGGAAGCCCGCGGCCGGCGCCGACGGCCGCUGGGUCGGCAGAGCGGCCGCCGGUGGCCGGGUCGACUCGUUCGACGUGCCGCUCCGGGUCGGCUAUUCGGUGCGGCCCGCGGCCCGUCGACGCCGACACGACUACCUGUUGAUGGGUCACCGGCCGCGUCCGCAGCCACAGCAGUGGAACCGCCAUCAGCCGGUGGUCUCACGCCGACGCAUCGACACGAUGACCGGCCCCCCUUUGGAGGUACCGAUCCGACCGCGGUUUUUUGAAGGAAGAGCACUGCAGUUUGCCUGAAGCCUAACGCAACGAGCCAAGAUAACUGUGCGAGCGUCGUGUGUGGAUAAUAUAACAUAAUAUUACGACUUAUGUGUUAAUUUUAUGCAGAUAAAAUUGUAUUCACUUACUACUCGUUACAUGUACCGACGAAGAGAAUAUUAUGUGGGUGGUACAUAUUAUUAUAACAUUGUGAUUUCCCGUCGACGUUCUGAUUUUCAUAUUAAUUAAGUGUUAUUAUCAUAAUAAAUCGUAAUAUCAUAUCACAUUUUCGUAAACUGGAGUAUGCUUAACAAUGAAAAUAAAAUAAACAAUUUCGUUUAAAAUAGUAUAAUGUGUUUCCAUAAUAAUAAUAAUUUAUGAUGCUAAUAGCGUCUAAAAAAUAACACUGUUAUACGUUUAAGUAUAAUAAUAUUAUAUUUUAUUGUUGAAAUACCUAGUAAUAAUAAUGAUAAUAUGUUGAUGUCAGCAGGAGAGAACUAAAUCAUUUAAAA